AAAGUAAUACAAAUUAAAGAUGAAAAAUAUUUGUCUAGUAAUACGCAUGAAGAAAUAAUUUCCAUUAACUACAAUACUCAUAAUCACAAUGAAAAAAAAUGCGUUCAUUAAAAAGAUGAAUAAAGAUGAAAAUACUUUGAUUAGUAAUACAAAUACGGAUGAAAAUACUUUGACUAGUAAUAUAAACAAUGGUAAAAAUACUUUGACUAGUAAUACGCAUGAAGAAAUAAUUCCAUUAAAUACCAAUACUCAUAAUCACAACGAAAAAAAUUCAUUCAUUAAAAAGAUGAAUAAAGAUGAAAAUACUUUGAUUAGUAAUAUAAAUGAAGAUGAAAAUACUUUGACUAGUUAUAUAAACAAUGACAAAAAUACCUUGAAUAGUAAUACACAUAAAGAAAUAAAUAGGUUAACGACUAAUACACUUACUCGUACGAGAAAGAAGUCAUUGAUUAGUAAUAUAAAUAAAGAUAAAAAUACUUUAACUAGUAAUACACAUAAAGAUAUAAAUAUGUUAACUACUUAUAUUCUUACUCGCAAGAGAAAGCACUCAUUGAUUAGUAAUAUAAAUAAAGAUAAAAAUACUUUGACUAGUAAUGUAAACAAAGAUGUAAAUAAUGUUAUUAAUAAUUUAAAUAAAAAAAUUAAUAUGUUGACUACUAAUAUUCUUACUCGCAAGAGAAAGCACUCAUUGAUUAGUAAUAUAAAUAAAGAUAAAAAUACUUUGACUAGUAAUGUAGACAAAGAUGUAAAUAAUGUAAUUAGUAACUUAAAUAAAAAAAUUAAUAUGUUAACUACUAAUAUUCUUACUCGCAAGAGAAAGCACUCAUUGAUUAGUAAUAUAAAUAAAGAUAAAAAUACUUUGACUAGUAAUGUAGACAAAGAUGAAAAUAAUGAUAUUAGUAAUUUAAAUAAAAAAAUUAAUACGUUAACUACUAAUAUUCUUAAACGCAAGAAAAAGAACUCAUUGAUUAGUAAUAUAGACAAAGAUAAAAAUACUUUGACUAGUAAUGUAGGCAAUGAUAAAAAUACUUUGGCUAGUAAUGUAGACAAAGAUGAAAAUAAUGUUAUUAGUAAUUUAAAUGAAAAAAUUAAUACCUUAUCUACUAAUAUUAUUACUUGCCAGAAAAAUAACUUGUUGAUUAGUGAUAUAAAUAAAGAUAAAAAUACUACAACUACUAACAUACCUACAAUUUUAACAUCUAAAAUUAAUAUUAGACCUUCAAUUAAAAGCUGUGUGAACGAGUUUAUUGGUGUUGAGGAUGAUACUAGAAAUAUUGACAACGAUAGUGAUCAAAAUCAUACAGACCAUUGUGAUGGAGAGCCUAAUAAUGUGACCAACGAUGUUAAUUUGGUGGAAGAUAAUAUGAUAUCUAUUUAUUGUAAAGAAAUUUGGCCCACAAUUUUAAAUGAAUUGAGUGAUCCUUUGAAAGGAAUUAAGGUAUUUGAAAGUAUUUUAUUUAACAAAACGUAUGAACAAGUGAUACGUCAAUCUACUAAAAAUAAAUUAAAAAUUAAGGAAAUUAAAGACCUUAACGAUGAUUGGAAAUUAAAGAUUGGCAGUUUGGCAUUUAACAUGAAAAAAGUUAUAGAAAAUACAAAAUGUGAUCUAAAUUCAAGAUAUAUCAGUAUUCAAAAUCAAAAUCAAAUGGAUAUAACAUUAUGUAAACAUAUUGGAGAUGGAGAGAAAGAAAACAAUUCGGGCAUAAACAAAAAAGACUUACAAAACAAUAUUACACCAGAAAACUUCAAAACUCCAAAAUUAUACCAACAUUCUAUAAACAGUGAAAACAGAAAUAUAACUGAAUCUGUUACAGAUAUUAAGACAACUAAAUAUAAUGAAAUCAAAUCGAAUAUAUCUUCUACACAGGUGAUAGCAGAUUUGAUUAAGGAUAUUCCACUAAGUACAACAGUGUCAAUAUUAUGCCCGGAAUCAUUAAAAAGUAACAAAAGAAAUUUAACCGAAUCUGACACAUGUAUUACAAGAGCUAAAGCUAAUAUAAUAAAAACUCAACAUUCUUCUAUUCCAAAUUUUGAUCAUAUGGAUGUACAUAUUCCUCCAGAUACAACAGCUUCAAGAAUAAGUCCAAUUAAAAACAAUUUAACUCAAUUUGACUCAGGUAUUAAGAUGACUCAAUCUAAAACAAUUGAGUCUAGUGAACAGUCUACUUUAGUGUCUACGAAUGUAUGUCUAAAUACACACAUUUUGCCUCAAUGUGACUCAGAAAUUGAAAUAUCUGAAAUAAUUGAAUCCAAUACGAUUAAUGACUACGAACCUUCUACUCCAGCAUCCAUUGAUAUAACUGUAAACAAUCCACAGGUUAUAACAACUUCAGAAUCAUGCUAUUAUUCGUUAAAUAAUCAAAAAACAGUUUUGACACAAUAUAACACGGAUAUUAAGAAAAUUAAAUCAAAAAUAACGGAGUCUACUCCCACGUACAUUGAUUUAACUCUAGACAGUCCACCAGAUACGAGAGUUUCAAGUAUAAGCCCAAAUAUGUUAAAUGGUCAAUCAAGUUCGACUCAAUGCAAUACACAACUUGAGUGUUAUGAACCUUCUACUUUAUCAUCAUCAUCCAUUGAUUUAACUGUAAUUAAUCUACCAAUUAUGACGAAUUCAAGGUUAAACAUUGAAAAAAAUAUAUCCACUGAAUAUAAUAAUGGUAUUAAGGCAAUUUCAUCUACUUCAAUGUCCACUGAUUUAAGAAGUAAUAAACCAACAUUUUCAAGUCCAUCUCUGAGGGCAAUUACUCCGAACCGUAAUCUUUCUUUGCUUGGUCGAUCAAAUAUAGAUGUAUUUGUGGUUCAGAAAGAUGCAAAACUUUCAACAAUACAUUUGAAAAGAAUGAGACGCGCAGAUUGGAAGAGCCCUAAGUAUCUGAAGGUUUUACCACAAAAUAUUUGUAAGACGUCACCAGAUGUAAAUGCUAUUUUUCCAAUUGCCGUAAAACGAGCAUUAAAACCUAAUUCAUCCCCACCAUCAAAAUAUCCAAUGUUGAAUAAGCUGCUUACAAGACCGACUAAUAGAAAUCUAAAACUGGAUAAAAGAAAUACAUUGAAUACACCCGCCAAUAAUCAAAUGAGAGCACCAUUACCACGGACUAAUACAACUUUAAAAAUAGAUAAAAGAAGUUUUAUAUUAAAUACACCCUUCAUUUCUGUCAAUAAUCGAAUGAAUGCACCAUUACCACCAACUAAUACGAUUAUUAAACUGGAUAAAAGAAAUAUAUUCAACACAACACCCUUCAAUAAUCAAAUGAAUGCUCCAUUACCUGAUGUUGUUUAUGAAAGCACUCAAAUAACAAAUAAAAUCAAUUCUCAGAAGACUAUUCAAUCAAAUUAUUCACUUAAUCAACAUAAAGCACCACACCAAAUCAAACCUGUACCCACAGCUAUUCCAUUACUACCUUCAGACAUAAUCUAUAAUAAUUCAGAUGGAGUAUAAAUUAAUGUAUUUAAUAUAUGUAUUUAAAAUAUAUAGGUAUAUAAAUAAACUUUUUUUAAACAUUAAU